AUUCAUCAUAAAGAAUAAACAAGAUUAUUCAAAUAAAUUCUAAAAUGGGAGCUUGUAUAUAAUUGAGCAAUUAAUUUUCUGUUCAUCAAUAUCACACAUUACUAAACAAACCAAUCAAAUCAAACCUUUGUUUCCUCUUUGAAGAACAUAAUCCGUACCUUUAAUUGUGACUUCAAUUUUUUAAACUCAUUAUAUCAAAAGUAAUCACCUUUUCUUUUUAAAGUGAAGGAUAGCUCUAGUGGUAAGAGCUUUUUUCGAUUCCAGGAGAUCCUAGGAUCGAUUCUCAUUACCCUCACACCAAAACCUUUUUUUUUUUUUUUUUAGUUUACCUAAUUACCAAUAGGAACAAGCAUACCCAAUAAUAUUGUUUCUUAAUCAAGAAAUGACUACCUACAACUUAGAAGAAACUCCAGAUGUUUUCAUUACCCCACGAUUUUACAACAACAAAUUCGAGUAUAGAAUGGAGCACAUCAAUGGAGAGGGUGAUCGAAAGGUAAUCCGUUCUAUAGACCUUAGGAAUGAAAAGUUGAUGGUAUAUGGAACGGAGAUAAAAGAGUCUUUGUUGAGUAGGUUAUAUGAUUCUCUAAUUCUAAGGCCUAAGGCUGGAAUUAUAUAUGUUAAUUGUGAAGGAGCUUGUUAUUUUCUUAUAUCAGGAAGUGCUUGUCAUAGGCCAAUUCAAAAUGUGAUCUUUGAUUGGUCUCAUUUUGGAGUGAUAAUACCAAAUUCCCUCAAUGAUUCUCUUAAAAAACAACUUGAUGAAAAAGAUAAGAAUAUUGAUCUUUUGAACCAUCAAGUUUCUUCCAUCGAGGUUGAGAUGCAAGCCACAAAAGAUAAUUUGAAAGCUUCAAUGGGAGAAGUAGAGAAACUUAAAGAACAAGUUUUAACAUGCAAAAAGGAGCAAAAUGAGUUAGGUGCCAAAAUUCAAGAGGCAUAUGAACGAGUUGCUUUGGUCGAUUUUGAGUUAGAACUCUACAAGAUUGAGUUGGAUUCGUAUAAGAAAGGUGAAGAGGAGUUCUUGGAUGAAAUUUGUAGUUAUAAAGAGAAAACUCAAAGGUUAGAAUUAGACUUACAGAAAACACAAGCUCAACUUUCUUCUGUUAAUUCUGAAUUACAAUCUACUAAAAUCGAGCUAGAAAUUUCAACGAAAAGCAUAAAAGAACUAGGGAUUCAACUUUCCUUGUGUAAGAAGGAAAAUCAAGAAUUAGAAAGAAAACUAAAGGGGGUAGAAGAAGAAAAUUCUUUAAUUAGUCUCGAGUUAAGGUCAACUAAGAAUGAACUAGAGUUGUCAAACAAAAAUGUAAAGGAUCUUGAGGUUAUACUAGCCUCGUGUAAAAAAGAAGAUAAGGAAUUAGAAUUGCAAAAGAUACAAAAUCAAUUAUUCUUAGCUAAUAAAAAAUUAGAAUUUACUAAGACAAUGCUAGAAUCUUCAAAAAUAGAGAUUAAGGAGCUUAAAAAUCAAUGUUAUAAUCAUAAAAUAGAACAACAAUUUAUGGAUGUAGAACUUCUUAAGGUACAUGAUCAUCUUAAUAUGAUUGAUAAUGAGGUGAUGCUAAAUAAUCAAAAGUUGGACCAACUACUAGCUUCUAAUCUAUGGAUGGAUGUUAAUGGUUAUCACCAUCCUCAAGCAACCAACCUACAAUGUCGUUCGGAGUUGGCUAUGAACUCUUCAUCAAUACAAGAUGUUCAAGAAGAUCAAUUGUCAAUUGACAUUAGUGAAGUUACAAUUCAAGGAGAUAGAUAAUUAUUUUAAUUUGCAGGUGAAGAUUGCGAUGAUGAGCAACUCGCGUACAACUCUAAUACACUCAAACCAUGGACCAUUUCACAAAAAAUUAUUGAUUUGUAGUGCUAUAAGGCUUAAA